CUCACAGUUCUCGCAUCCCGUGCGUGAGCACCUACGGAAACAGUAUCACAGCUCCAAUCUCGCCAACUACUUGCCAUUUUUCACCUUAUCUACUUCCCCAACAAACUGCACAGAAGGAAAGAAAGAAGCCAUGGAGCUUCUCUCUGUUCAAAUGCACCAAAGGAAAAUCACUCUCCACACACCCGCUCUAGUGUUCCGAGACAUUCCGGAUCUCGAACCUUCUCAUCCUCACAGUUGUGACUUAGUCGAACCAACCAACGCCCGACAACUAUGGCGAAACAGGUGGCUCAGCAGUGGCGGCGGUUUCGCCUGCGUCUCGAUGGAGGCGGCGGAGAGGAGAGAGGACAGAGAGUUCCUGCCGACGACUGCGCAGCUGUUGAAGCACCCGCUGGCCCUUGCCGGUUUGGUGCCCCGAGACGCCGCCCUCUUCACCGCCGGUGCUAUUGCCGGAGCCGCCGCCAAAACCGUCACGGCGCCUCUUGACCGUAUCAAGCUUCUUAUGCAGACUCAUGGAUUACGAGCUGGACAAGAAGGUGCUAAGAAAGCAAUUGGGUUCGUUGAGGCUUUUGCAUUGAUAGGGAAGCAAGAAGGGGUUAAAGGGUACUGGAAAGGCAACCUUCCUCAGGUCAUACGUGUCAUACCUUAUAGUGCAGUCCAGCUGUUUGCUUAUGACACAUACAAGAAACUUUUUAGCGGGAAAGAUGGCGAGCUCUCUGUUAUUGGCAGACUCGCUGCUGGUGCUUGUGCUGGCAUGACUUCAACUUUUGUAACAUACCCUCUAGAUGUCUUAAGGUUAAGAUUAGCUGUUGAGCCUGGGUGUAAAACGAUGUCUGAGGUUGCCUUAAACAUGCUAAGAGAGGAAGGAGUUGCAUCAUUUUAUAAGGGUCUUGGACCUUCUCUUAUUGGAAUAGCACCUUAUAUUGCUGUGAACUUCUGCAUUUUUGAUUUGUUGAAGAAGUCUUUACCAGAGAAGUAUCAAAAGAGGACAGAAACAUCUCUAGUAACAGCUUUGGUAUCAGCUACUCUCUCCACGCUUAUGUGCUAUCCUUUGGAUACAACAAGAAGGCAAAUGCAAAUGAAGGGUACACCUUACAAGACUGUUUUGGAUGCUCUUCCAGGUAUAGUGGCACGUGAUGGUUUGAUUGGCUUGUACAGAGGUUUUGUUCCCAAUGCACUGAAGAAUCUACCAAACAGCAGCAUUAGGCUUACCACAUUCGACACUGUUAAAAAUAUAAUAGCAGCCGGUGAGAAAGAGUUGCAAAGAAUUGUGGAGGAAAAUCGGAAGAAACAAACACAAAGCAAUAGCGCUUCAACAGACUAGGUUUUCGCUGCUAGAUGUUUUCACUACUAGAUUUUUCUGCUGAGAGAUCACUAUUCAAGUCCAAUGCAGGAUAUCUGUAUUUUGGGUGCCAAAAGCACAUGUUGGUAGCUGGACUUCUUGGGCUAUCAGGAAUUCAUUUUCCUUCAGCUGUCAGUGCGAUUAUUUCUCAUUUUUGUUUUUUGUUGAAUGAUGGCAAGUCAUUGUUGAUGUUGAAAUACCACAGUUAGUCUUGUAAGUUAUAGUUUACUCAUGUGGGAAUUCGAGUUGUGUGAACUAGAGCUUUCUGCCCUCGUCUCCUCGUACCAACAGCAGAAAGUGGGAUGUUGGAUCUUACUCAUCUUAGUAGUGUUAAUAAAAAAGGAAGAUGUUUAGUAGUA